AUGAUUCCUGACAAUGACGCUCUGCUCAACAUCGCAGGCAACUUCUUCUAUGGGGACCCCAUGCUCUAUGCCGAUGGCUGCCAGUUCUGCCCCUCGGGGGUCAUUCAACCCCUGGUACUCGAAAUGACAGAUCUUCUUAGAAUCGACUUGGGCCGCUGUGCAGCCUUUAAGAACAAACUAGCAGGGGCCAACAAGCACGGUGAGGCUAGUCUGCGGCAGAAUUGUUUUACGGUGAGGCAGGAGAUGGAGUGCACUUCAAACGAGAUGCAGCGCAGCAGCGACGAGUGCCUGACAUUCUGCAGCAUGUCGCGGGAGCUGGGGCCGUGCGACGGGCACGGAGCGUGUGUGCCGCCGCAUGCGGGGGCAGCAGAGGCGCGCUUCACGUGUGAGUGCGACGACGGUUUCGUCACCGCCAAUGGCACCCUCGGCUCCACCUGCGCCCGCCCUGCUCCGCCCCCUGCUGCUGGUAUGCUGUGUGAUAGUAAAGAGGAAUAUCCCUCUCUACGUGUGCAGUGGUGGGCAUCGCUGUGGGCUCUACUGCUGCCUUUGCUCUCCUCCUCGCUCUUAUUGUCGCGCUGCUCUGGCCCCGUCAACGCAGUGCGGGCGAUGGCGUCGCUGCGGCAUGAGCACGUGGUGCGCCUGUUGGGCUUCUGCCUACAUCAGAACGUGGAGAGCGGCCAGCAGGAGCAGAUCCUCGUCUACGAGUUCGUGCCCAACGGGGACCUCAAGUUCCACAUCCACGACUGCAAGAGUAAGCUCUGUGAAGAAGAGAUUCCUGCCAAGAUAGCGGACUUCGGGUUACUGAAAAAGCUAAGCCAUGAAGGAGAGCAUGAUGAUCAGACGCGAAUAGCUGGGACUCCAGGAUACGUGGACCCGGAUUACAACCGUUCCAAUGUGGUGACCGAAAAGUCCGACGUCUAUAGCUUUGGCGUGGUGCUACUUGAGCUCUUGACUGUGCAGAGGACCAAUGUUCUUGAUUUCAACAUCCACCAAUUCUACAACACCCAAACCCACCCUCCUACCCCUCCUCACCCACCCAUCCCCCUCUCCUCAUCCCCCAUCGCAUCACAGGCGACGCCCAAGGCAGCGCGCAAGGUGCAGGCGUACGAGUUCAGCGAGCUGAAGGACGCGGCACUGGAGGCCCCGGAGGAGGCGGUGGUGGAGUUUGCCGACAUCGCUCUUGACUGCGUCAAGGUGCCCGGCUCCCGCCGCCCCCCCAUGAAGGACGUUGCCCGCCGCCUGCAGGCGCUCCUCUCCAAGCACUGCAGCGAGACAGAGUGCGCUCCCCUUGAACCGAACAUACCCAUGAAGGAGAGCUCGAAUGAGACUAUGGAGGAGAGUCUGGAGAGGCUGACGGGUGGUGGCAGGGAUACUUUUGAUAGGAGUGGUAUUUCAAAGGAGUUCUGA